UCAGUCUAAUUUUAGAAGUGAUCAUUGAUCAAUUAUUUCCGACAAAAACAUAUUAUUCACAAUGCUUCACAAAGUUGUUAUAAUAACAUUAGUAGCAACAGCUGUUAUCGCUGCUGAAAAUACUUAUCAGGCCGCUACUUCAUUCGUAUCCUUCAAUGAUAACCACAACAGUAUUCAGCAUGUUCAAUCUGACCCAGUCUUUGCGAAGAGUGCUCCUGUACAUUAUUUGGCUCCAACUCACUCUGUCUCUCCAUAUUCUGCACCUUCGAAAGCUUAUGCUCCACCAUCAUAUGCUGCAGCCACUCAUUCAUCACGUGUGAAUGAUGAACCUCAAGUUUCAUCACAGUAUUAUUCCUCUCCCACUGUACACCACUCUGAACCCAGGACACAUGUAGCUCAUUCAGCUCCCAUUGCUGCUCAAGAACAUGAAAGACAUGAGGAAGAAUACGCUCCAGCAAAAUACGACUUCGCUUACGGAGUAGAGGACCACCACACUGGAGACAUCCACUCACACAAAGAAUCCAGGGAUGGUGACAUCACUCACGGAGAGUACUCUCUUCAUGAAGCUGACGGUACCAUCAGGACUGUCAAGUAUACAGUUGAAAAACACAGUGGAUUCAAUGCUGUUGUUGAAAGAUCUGGCCACUCCAAAGAACAAGUUUCGAAUGAUAUUCCGCAGUACAAUCAUCACUUAUAAUUUUGGUUUUUAUGAAUUCCUGAUUGUUACCCAUUUCUCACAUAUUAUUCAUGUUAUUGUUAUCAAAUAUAUUUUU